AUGUUUUUUCGAAUCAGACCAUUUUUUAUGCCUAAUCUAUUACUGACAGCUAGGCCAUUCUCUCAAAGAAAUCCGUUUGACCCUGAAGCCAUUGCCCCUUCUAUUCCUGAAGAUCAGCCAAAUGAUCCUAUUUACUUCGAAAAAGGUGACACCAGAGAAAUAGGAAAAAAAUUAUCCGCAAAAAUAUAUAAGAAAAUUGCUGUUAUGACAGGCUCAGGAAUUUCUGUUAAGGCAGGAAUUCAUGAUUUUCGAACUCCUACAACAGGACUUUAUGCUCAAAUCGAAGAUCCUGAUUUACCUUUCCCAGAAGCUAUAUUUGAUCUAAACUAUUUCAAGCUUGACCCCGAGCCCUUUUACAGGAUAAGCCCUAAUUUGAUCACAACAAACAAAAUUCCUACCCUUACUCAUUAUUUUUUGAAAUUAUUAGAAGAUCAAGGAAUUUUACUUAUGUGUUAUACUCAAAAUAUUGAUAGUUUAGAAAAAAAAGCUGGUCUUUCCUCUAAAAAGCUAGUUCAAGCUCAUGGAAACGUUGAUCACUCCCAUUGUACUUCAUGCAAAAAUAAAUAAAAUGGCAUUCGGUUCGAGAGAAAUUGGCUCUGCCAUUUUCUCUCUCCCUCAUGGAAUUUUAUUUAUGGGGUUGGGUUUUCUCUUGAGAACUUCUGCACAGCAACAGCCGUUUAACUUUGGGGAUAACCAAAGGCACGGCUCCUCAGUGCAUUCAAGACACUCGGAGUUUUACCUCUCAGCACAUCCCCACGGGAGGAUGACCCUUAGGCGGAACACGCGCAGGAGCUGAGUCGGAGCGAGCGACGGCAACGCGCCGGGUGAGAUGUGCGGCGAUUUAUCUAGCGACUAGCCUUAUAGAAGGCUUGGGUGUGGGCUGACCACAUAUUCCAAGAUGGCUUGGUGACGUCACUAGUUGUCGCUUUGACCCUUUUUUAUUAAGGGGUGUGGGCACUAGACACCUUAAAGACUAUGUAACUAAGUAAGUAAGUACUUCAUGCAAAAAGAUUAUCCAAUUUCUGAAUUAAGGCAGCAUAUGCUUUCUAAACAGCCUGCAUUUUGUGAAUGUGGUGGAACUAUUAAGCCUGACAUUGUAUUUUUUGGAGAAAAAUUGCCUCAAGAAUUUCACUCUAAAUCAGAAUUAAUUUUAUAUGCAGAUUUGCUAUUAAUUAUAGGGACAAGUUUAACGGCUUAUCCAUUUGCAUCAUUAGCUCAGAUGGUUAGCCCUAAUACUCCUCGAAUAGUUAUUAAUAAAGGAGGCUAUAAUGCUUUUGCACAGAAUGGGUUCAAAUUCGAUUCUGAAAUGAAAAGAGAUAUUUUCUUUGAUGGAGAUUGCGAUGAAAUAAUUAGUGAUAUAGUAAAAGACACUCAAUGGGAUGACAGCUUGAAGAAGCUUGUAGAAAGGAAAAAUUAG